AUGCAGUUCCUCCGAGGCGGCGGCGGUGGCGGUGGGUUCGGGGGGACGGCGUGGGAGGUGCUGCGGCGUCACUUCUCUAGGAAGCGGGCGGUGGACGUGAGGCGGAUCAACCCCAAGGCGCCCAAGGAGGAGGCCGUCGCCAUCUCCGAGUGCCUCCUCCAGAUCCUCACCGACCAUGGGCCCCUCACCGUCGGCAACACCUGGAACCACGCCAAGGACGCUGGUAUUGCUGGCCUGAACAGCAAGACUCACAUGAAGAUCUUGCUGAAAUGGAUGACGGGGAGAAAUAUCGUGAAGCUGACCUGCGUGCAUGUGGGCAACGCGAAGAAAUUCCUCUACUCCCCGUUCACUGAAAGCAGCGCCGAGGCAUUAUCGGCGGCAGCAGCGGACACCAAUAAUAAGGCUUCCGCCCAAGGAGGGAGAGGCAAAGCUGCGCGAGGGCAACCGAAGAAGCAGGCUGCAGCGGCCUUGCAGUGA